AUGAAAGGCUCUUGCUUGGAAUGCGCGUUUUGCAAAUCUACCGACCUCAAGGUGAACAGAGCCAACGAAACAAUACAGUGCGAGACCUGCGACCAUAUUCUUGAGGAAAGAUACAAUGAUUACCGUGUCACAAACAUCAACUUCGAGCGGGAGAGCCCAUACUGUGCAGUGGUCAACGACUCAUUAGCCAAGCACAAGUUUGACUCCAACGUUGAAGGAGAUCCCUUUCAUGCCGCUGGCUUCAUCACUGCCUUCUCCCAGGUCUCCCUGCAGCAACAAGGAGCCUUCACGCUGACGGCUCGAACCUUUCCGGGCGAUCUUGCGGAGCUGGAGCGCCUCCUGCACGAUCUGGAUGUGGACUGCCCAGUCUCAGCGAAGCAGCAGCAGGCAGCAGCAGCACUGACGGGCGUGAAACCCAAGUCAAAGAAGGACAGCGGGGGGUAUGCGAAACUGCGGUACAUCCUAGUGGCUUACUUCGAGCUGCUGGACGUCGGCGAGAUGAUGGGGAUUAAGAGGGUGGAUAUCGAUGAGGCCCUCAGGUUGUUCAAACAGUUCGUCGACGCCUCUUCGAACCUUCGGAGCAAGAAUGUCGAGUCUCUUGCUAUCGCCUCCCUUGUUCUCGUCAUGAGGAAGGCUGAUCGCGCUCGCGACUUGCCAGAGUUUGCGGCUGCCUCUGGGCUUUUACAGAAGGAUUUGAUUCAGGGUAUCAAAGCUGUUCAGCAAGCGCUGGACUCGAGCAGCAUGUCUAGCACUGCCUCAGUGAGCUCCCACAUGCCCCAAUUUUGCAGAGUUCUUGGGAUGCAAGGGCAAGCAGAACAGCUCGCGAUUACAAUCGGGGAGAAUGCAACAACGCACAAUGUAUGCACACGAAGGAAUCCUAUCAGCAUAGCGGCGGCUGCAAUCUACCUAGCUUGCAAUCUAGAAGAUCAGAAGAAAACCCAAACAGAGAUUUGUAAGGUUACCGGCUUGACUGAGGUUACGCUAAGAAAGGUGUACAAAGAGCUGCUUCAGGAGCACGACAAGCUGAUUCCCAGCACAUACAUCGCCAAAGUCCGUCUUCAGACUUUACUACCCCUCUCUCUCACAGGACCAAGACCGUACAAGCACGUUCCUUGCGCUCUCGAUAAGAAAGGAUGCUACGUGUCCAUGCCCAUCCCACCGGCCGGUGCGGUUGCAGGAGCUCCCGAGGGGAUGGAUCCCAACUCGCCUUUCCUAGCAUCCUUCUUCCACCGGGGCAUGCCACCUUUCUACGGGCAAAUCCCGCACGAUCAGAUGAACCAGCAAAUGAUGCAGAUGGGCAUGGAUGCGAGCCAAGUCGGCAAGCUGCCUCACCAGCCCAACAUGUUUGCGCCAGGCCUCAACCCAUUCCAGAACUCCCUCUUUGCCAUGCCGCACCCGCCAGGGAAGCCAGGAGAGCAGGCUCCCAUCGCCAACAAUGGCGUGGCAAAUGUUCCUCCUCCCCCCUUUGGAAUGCGCUCUUUCCAGCAGAUCUUGGAGCAGAACAGACAGAAUCAGUCACGAGGAAAUACCAUGCUAAAGAACGACCAUGCCGCGCGCGGAAGCUUCGGUCAAGGAUCCAACGAAUUUCCUGCGAGCCAAGGAAACAAAUGA